AUCGAAAUCAGAUAUCUGGCGCCUGAUCUCCGUCUACGGAAAUUCAUACAGGGAGAAUAAUUCAAGAAGCAACUAAAAUGGAUCUACACGAUGCGGAUAAUUGCAAGUGUCAUAAACAGGCGGCGCCAGCACAACAAACCUUAACUGAUAUGGAAUUCGAUCGUGGCAUCUGGAACGCUGCUAUCUACAACGAGCCGGAGCGCGUACGUAAUUUCAUUAGUCGCGGCAAAUCAAUGGACCGCGAUGACUUCGACUACACAGCGCUUCAUUACGCAGCGCGCAAUGGCAAUUUAGAAAUAUGCAAAAUGUUAAUCGAAGAUGGCAAGGUCGAUGUGGAUGCUGUUACAAAAGCAGGUGCUACGGCACUACAUCGCGCUGCUAUGAUGGGUCAUUUAAAUGUAGUCAAAUUAUUGGUGGGCGCCAAGGCCAAACUCCAAUUGCAAGAUGAAUAUGGUCAGACAGCACUUCAUCGGGCAGCUAUACGUGGUCACUUGGAAGUUUGCAAAUUUCUGCUCGAAAAGGAUCCAAAAUUGAAGGAAAUUAAGGAUAAGAAAGACAAAAUUGCAUACGAGUAUAUAAUGGAGAACGCCAAUGAUGAUUUCAAAAUAUUACUUAAGCCUUGAAAGUCAAAACGCAAACGAAACCGCUAAAAUUUAAAAAUCAAUAUACCAUGAAGUAGCAAAAAUAGAAAUGCCAUCACAAAAUAUCUAAAAGCUGCAUUUUUACACCAAAGCACUAAGUAAGCGUACGUACAUCACAUUCAUGGAUUCAAUUGCGUGCACAUCUACUUAUUUUCAAAUAUAAAUACAUACAUACAUAUUUGCAGUCAACACAUUCUUCAGCACUUUUCUACACAGUGCGUACCUUGCCUUAUAUAUUUUUGCGCAACUAUCAUUGGAAUAAAUAUUCGGACAAUUGGAUGUUUGGAAUUCAAAUUAUUUUCAUGUUUUAUUGACACGUCUGCUUAAUGGAAUUUUCGGCAUUACAAAAUGCCAAUUUAAACUACAUACCUACAUACCACAUACAUGCAUAUGUAUGUAUGUCUUGACUAUUUAUAUUUGAUUUUGUAAUUCUAAUUUCAAUUAGUAUAUUCUAGAAUACAUAUGUAUAUCUAUUUUUAGCUACAAGCUACAAACAAUCUUAUUGAUUUGUUGAGGUUGAAAUUAUGUUUGUUGCA